AUGGCUGAGGAAGGCAUUGCUGCUGGAGGCGUAAUGGACUUUACCACUGCUCUGCAAGAGUUGCUGAAGGCCGCCCUCAUCCAUCAUGGCUUAGCACGUGGAAUUCGUGAAGGAGCCAAGGUCUUUGACAAGCACCGAGGCCAUCUUCGUAUGCCUGCAUCCAAAUGUGAUGAGCCAGUGUAUGGCAAGUUGAUGGAAGUCCUGUGUGCUGAGCACCAAAUCAGCUUAAUUAAGGUUGAUGACGACAAGAAACUGGAGGAAUGUGGAGGCCUCUGCAAAGCUGUCCUACAGGGGGAACCUCACAAGGUGGUUGGCAGCAGCUGUGUAGUCAUUAAGGACUAUGGCAAGGCAUCUCACACCAAGGAUGUCAUCUAAGAGUACUUCAAAUGCAAGAAAUGA